UCUCGCUGUUCAGGCUGGUGGCUCCUGGACUGGAGCGCGACUGUUGGAGGCCACUUGCAUCUGACUGAAACUCUGGUGAAACUCAGAUAAAAAAAGAUAUAAAAGUGUCAGUGUUUCUGAGUAACACUUUAUUUAUAGGAAAGUUUUAGUGAAACAGUACCAAGAACUGAAAUGUUUUCAUUGUAACUAUUGAGUUUGGUCCUGGUCUGGCCCACAUAAUUAUUAUUAUAAUCAUCAUUUUCAUCAUCAGUAUUAUUAGUAGUAGCAGCAGUAGUAGUUUUAAAGAGCAAAGUGCUUGUGCAGCAGAUCAAGUGUAAGUCAUUCAGAUUAUUUGUGACAUUUACUAUUGACUAAACCUCAAACAAGGGCAGUUCGGCAGCAUGUCUUUUUCCAGUGGAAGAGUGACCUGCUGUGUGACGUCUCUGCUCCGUUUGGACUCUUGGUCCCUGCUGCCAAGGCUCAGCCUGACUCACACUGAUGCUCCACUGAAGCUAAAUGGAAGCUGGAAAGAAGGAAACUAUUGCACUCUCCUGCGACGUCAGUGGACGUGUUGGGAGAAGGCGGCUGCGCUGCUGGCAGCGUACCGCAGCAGCGCCCUCGCCACCCGCUCUCUGGUCUCCUUCCAAGAGCUGUGUGUUCUGAGCGGCGACGACGAGAGCGCGCUGUGCCUGGCACUGCUGCAGCUGCAGCGAGACAAGCGCGUGACAGUGACGCUGCACGAGGGAGACAAGGUGGUCAAGUUCUGCCAGCCGCGGCAGGAGCGGGUCUCCCCGGUGAACGAGGUGGACAUGGGGAUCUACCAGCUGCAGUGCAGUGAGAAGCUCCUGGAGCAGCGCGUGGAUCAGCUGAGUGUGGAGGCCCAACGGUGCAGAGAGGAGGCCCGCGCUCUGCUGAGGGAAGGAAGGAAGCCCCAGGCCCUGACGUGUCUGAAGAAGAAGAAGCGGGUGGAGAAGAGAGCAGAGGGUCUUUGCAGCCAGCUGGAGUCCAUCAGGUCCAUCCUGGACCGAAUCUCUCAGUCCCAGACCGACAAGAUGGUCAUGCAGGCGUACCAGGCUGGGGUGGCCGCCAUGAAGCUCUCGCUGGGAGACGGGAGUGUGGAGCGCGCCGAGAACCUGGUCGAUCAGAUUCAAGAGUUGUGCGACACUCAAGAUGAGCUGAGCCAGACCCUGUCACAGGGCCCGGCUGGCACAGAUGAAGACUUGGACGACUUGGAGGAAGAGCUGAGGUCGUUACUGGAGGAACCCCAACCCCCGACGACCCGGGCACGUGCUGAGCCGAGCAGGCCCGGCGCCGACCUGCUGGACUCGCUGCCGGCGGUUCCCUACACUGAACCCAGGAUCUCAGACGAGCAGCUGGAGGAGGAGCUGAAGCGUCUGACGCUGACAGCUCCGAGUCCCAGGAGCCCAGUGGCAGCGCAGAGAUUGAACCCGGCUUCCUAGCGACCAGCCUGGAACCGCGGUUCUUCAAACGUGAUCCUCGGAAAGAGGCACAUCCCGAAGCACUUUAUCGCAGGAAACCACCAAACCAGAGGAAACACAUGCUGUAUCUGGAACAAGACAUGUGUGUCUGUUCUUUCUUGGUCUUUCUUUCAUUUUUGCAAAAAAUGUCAAAAUACUUUUAUUGGGUUGUUAUUGUCGAGUGAUAGUGGCCUUAUUUCGUCAAGAAUGGUUGAUGAUGAAACAUCAAAAUUGUUUUGCCAAAUAAUUUGUCAAGAAA